AUGGCUCCCCCUACCAACAUCGGAGCAUCCGGCGCCAUUGGAUUCGACGAAGCACUCAACUGGCAACACAACAACGCUGUUCAAGAGCAAGACACCAGUCGCCGGAAGAGCUUGUUCCGCAAAGUCGGCAUCACCACUCAACGCAAGAGAGCCAACGCAGAGGACGACCUGCCACCGUUCGUGAUGCGCCAGAUCCCCUACGACACAUGGCGAAAGCACUACGCGAAAGACAAGGACGGGAACUACAGAGGCACUCAUGCUCCCGCAGAGGACUGUCUUCUCAAACCGGAAGACGUGCAGAAAUGGCGACUCGGCGACGCCGUGACCAAAGCGGAUCAAUGGACUCGGGGCAGAGAAGCCCUUCCCGUCUAUUCCGAGGUUCGUGCAGAGGGCGCGCUCCCUGACUAUCAAGUUGAUAACCACGGCACCUCCCAGUCCGCAGCGACCAAUGAGACCGUCUUGACGCCCGGAGAGGGUCGCCUGGCUGAAUACAUCGACGUAACCGAGACACCGUUGCAGCCGCAGCGACUAUCAUCUGCGGUUCCUCCACCACAGGACUUUAGUGCUGCCGUUGCAUCGCUGGAGGGCGCUGUGCAACCACGUGGAGGGUCAAUCAUCGCCGAUGGGAAAACGGCCGGGGAAAUCAUCAGAGAGGCUGAGGCCAAGGGCAAACAGAAGUUGACCUGGAAACAGAAAUUUUCAAAGGGCUUUCAGAACACCAUGGGCUCGUCCACGGCGUCGAUGGGCUAA